AUGGGAGACAACGAAAAAAAGGUAGAAAAAGAACUAAAGAAACUUGACGCCAGUAUGAGGGAAAUGCCCAAAGUCAUGCGUAUCUUCUCCCUUACCAUGAGGUCCCUUUAUGCAGAUAAAGCUGUCGGCACCAACGAUGAACUCGCAAAAAGAUUCAGGACCCUUCGUGACGAGACAAGAAACGACGCCAUGGUAUAUAUCAAAGGCAUCCUCCCACUUUCCACCAAGUUUGUAUCUUGCAUAAGUGAAUACUUUGAGUAUUAUGAAGUACUGAAUUUUGAAGAAUGGUGUGACGUGAUUGCAGACAUCCUUGAAGAGACCACUGGCUACAGAAAACUUUGUGAAGCAUUAGUGAAGAUGUAUGAGGACUUCAUGGUGCCUCUCAAGAAGAGAAGAGACACCGCAAUGACCAUGAUCGAUGAGUUUAAAGAUCUUACAGAAACAUACGAGAAGCAGAGUAAAGAGCUGGAGGGAAUAGCAAUGGACAGACUUAAAUGGGCACAUGCACUUUUUUUUGUUCCAGGAGUAAACUUUGUUGCAGUCCCCUUGUUGCAAGCAAGUGCAAGUACAAAUCUGGUAGAGUCCAUUGCUAAGAGCAAGCAAGCUGAAAUUGCAGAAGCUGCUUCAAUUACAGUCGCUAAGAUACUAAUCCCUGCACUUGAAGCAUUCAUAGAUGGCCUCAGAAAUACAGCAGGAUUCUUCUCCGUAAUGGAACAAGAAUUGCACAAGUUUGAAGGCAAAGCUGAAAAAGCCAAGAACGAACCCAAAAAGCUUUACUACAAAGUGAUGAACAAACAAGCAAAAGACAUGAAGUCCAUCUGCCAAGGCUUUUAUGCAGUCCUCCCAGACGUUAGGACCGACUUUUUUGCUAUUCCCACUGAGGGAACAGACCAGAAUUAUGUCGACAAAUGGCUGGAGCAGCAGAAGAAAACAAUCCAAGAGAAAUGUGUCGCUUCCUCGCUUGCUCUAAAAUUACUGAAAGCCCUAACU